AUGGCUUCUGAAAAUGCAUUGAGUUACGCAAAGGCCAUCGGUAUCUUCACCGCUGGCAUCGCUGCUGGCACAAACUUCUCCACCUCCUUCCUCGUCAUGCCCGCCAUCCUGCACCCACGUACAACGCCGCCCAAGGACCUCCACGCGCAAUGGAAGCACCUCUACGACCACGGAAAGUUCACACUCCCGCCGCUCUCGAUUGUUGCUGGUGCGGCGUUCUCGUACGUCGCGUACCACGACGAGAGCCUGCGCGUACCGUAUGGGAUCGCAGCAGUGUCCACGCUGGGAAUCGUUCCAUUCACACUUGUGGGCAUGAAGGCGAAUCUGGGAGCACUAUUGGAGCAGAGAGUCUGGGGUGAUGUGGAUAAGGGGAGGUUGAGGGAGCUGUUGCGGCGGUGGUCGGGGCUUAACUGGUACAGGGCUAUCAUGUUGAUGGUGGGGUUUGGGACGGCAUUGGUAAAUUAG